ACACACAUGUUAUUGGGUUCCCACGCAGACAUAUUAACAUGUUACAGAGCUUGUUUACGGAAGCCAGAGUUGACUACCAAUGCUAAUGAGCUAUCUACAUCUCCGAACACUUGUGUGUAAAUGGAAGUCAGACGGCACAAAUGUUGUCCCUGGAAAAAUAGUUGGCUGUGUUAAAACAGUGUACUGCACAGGAGGUUCGUGGCACCUUAAUUGGGGAGGACGAGCUCUUGGUAAUUGCUGGAGUGGAAUGGUAUCAAACACAUGGUUUCUAUGUGUUUGCUGCCUUUCCAUUUGCUCUGUUCCAGCCAUUUAUUAUGAGCCGUCCUACUCGCAGCAGUCUUCUGUGGUGUACAAUGUCCUGGUUCUUCCACGUCAAUCAAGGCUCAAACCAACAGCCCCCUGUCAUGAUGCCCCCAGCUGCUGGUGCCCUGUCUAGCAACACACUGGAUACAGCUAACACUGCUGGGCAGGGUUGGCUCUGCACACAGUCCAGUUCGUCUUCACCCAGCCUGGCAGACUUUCCGUCAGUACCACAGGGUUUAGUGCCUCCCAGCUUGGAGAACCUAUCUUGUACCUCUCUGAAGUCAGCGGCAGGCAGAGAGCCCCUACCACUCUCCUACGUAACUCUUCAGGAGCAGCGUUGUGUCUUGAGCUGGUUCUUGAGCUGGAGCACUGCCCAGAGGGAAAGGUUUCUGCAGGACCUGUUGGGGAAAGCUGUGCCAGGGAAAGUGUGUACCCUUCUCGAGUCGCUCAAUACGCUACAGGUUAAGGACAGCCCACCAAAUAUCUUUGAGUGCCAACUGCGCCUCUGGACCCAAUGGUUUGAGUCAUGGAGUGAGGAGGAGAGGAACAGUUUCCUGCACAUUCUAGAAGAGAGGGACCCAAUCUUUGUUGCCGACUUCUACAGAGGUGUAGCUGGGACAGCAGGCAGGGAUUGAGGGAUACAGGAGAAGAGGGUGUAGAAUGGAUAGGCAAUGCGUGGGUGGAAGACAGAAACAAGUUAGGUUGGAGUGGUACAUAGGGAAGCAUAUGUGUGGAGACAGUGAAGAACAGGCCUGUGGUUAAGAGCAUUGGGCCAGUAACUGACAGGUUUCUGGUUCGAAUCCCCGAGCCAACUAGUUUAAAAUUGUUGAUGUGCCCUUGAGCUACCCCUAAUUGCUCCUGUAAGUCACUCUGGAUAAGAGUGUUUGCUAAAUGACUAAAAUAUAUGUACAAUCUUUUUGUCUGGCUAGGGCUGAGAUGAAUCUAGUAACAUAUGAGAGCCCUUGUAGUAUUGAUACAUUCUGUUGACCACAUACUUGAGGGUAUUACAGAAGACGGACUGAAUAAGGUGAACAUAUUUAUUUAAUUCUAUUACAAAACGAAUGGAUAGAUGUAAUAUCCUUAUUGAUCAACCUUUUUCCUCUUCUCUCAGUGCAGUUACACCAUGGCUGUGUUCAGGUAAAAUGGAGUGAGUGUAGACUAGAGGUAGAUAAAGUGAGAGACCAGGUCCAAUUCUGUUACCAGUGGGAAUGCUUAUACUUCUGUAAUGAUCUUGAACAGUUUUCUACAAUGCCAGAAAUAAAAUGCCAUUUCAUAGA